AGCGCUGUUCGCCUGUUCCUCUCUGCUCCUUCCCAGAGAGCGAAAGGAAAAGAGGGAGAAAGAAGGGAGGGGGGAGGGAGAAGGAGAAACCACCCAGCCAUCGUCCCAAUUUUUGCCGCCCAACGGCCACGCCAAGCUUCGGAUCAUCAGAUAUGCAUCAGAUGAAGACGAAGCAUAGGUCUUUCUUGUCCUUCCUGUGCUUCAUCAUCGUCUCCCUUGUCUUUGCCUUGUCCGAUUGCGCAGUUAGCAGUGGAGACCACUUUGUCUACCAUGGCUUUGCCGGAGUUAACCUCACCCUCGACGGCAACGCCCUAGUGACACCAGACGGCCUCCUCGAGCUCACCAACGACACGGUCAAUCUAGGCCACGCGUUCUACCCUACUCCACUGAGCUUCAACACGCAGCAGCGGCCUAACGGCACUGUGCGAUCCUUCUCCGUCUCCUUCGUGUUCGCCAUCCUCUCCGUCCACGCGGACAUCAGCGCCGACGGCAUGGCCUUCUUCGUCGCGCCAACCAAGAACCUCUCCAACACCUGGGCGCAGUACAUCGGCCUCCUCAACAGCGGGAACGACGGCAACACGAGCAACCACAUGUUUGCCGUCGAGCUCGAUACCACCCAGAACGACGAGUUCAAGGACAUCGACAACAACCACGUCGGCAUCAACAUCGACAGCCUCACGUCCCUGCGAGCCCACCACACCGGAUACUAUGGAGGCGACGACAGCGGUUCCUUCAGCAACCUGACUCUGAUCAGCGGGAAGGCGAUGCAGGUGUGGGCAGACUACCAUGGGGAGACCACGCAGAUCGAGGUGAGACUGGCUCCUGCGGGAGCAGCCAAGCCUGCAAGACCUCUUCUUUCAGCCGUCUGUAACCUCUCAGCGGUUCUCGUCAGUGACAAAUCCUACAUCGGUUUCUCAGCGACGACCGGUGCGAUAAGCACACGGCACUGCGUUCUUGGCUGGAGCUUCGCUAUGGACGGGCCUGCCCCGGCCAUUGACCUAUCCAAGCUGCCAGAGCUGCCGCGUCUUGGCCCCAAGCCCCGUUCCAAGGUCCUGGAGAUCACCCUGCCUAUAGCCACUGGGCUGUUCGUCCUCGCCGUUGGGCUAGUCGUUGUCCUGCUCGCUUACAGACGGUUGAGGUACAAGGAGGUGAAAGAAGAUUGGGAAGUUGACUUCGGGCCACACCGGUUCUCGUUCAAGGAUUUGUUCCACGCCACAGGUGGGUUCAGGAAGAAGAACCUGCUCGGCGUGGGCGGUUUUGGACAAGUCUACAAGGGGGUCCUUCCAGAGUCCAGAGCGGAGGUUGCUGUGAAGAGGGUGUCCCAUGAGUCUAGACAAGGGAUGAAGGAGUUCAUCGCCGAGGUGGUCAGCAUCGGCCGGCUUCGACACCGCAACAUUGUGCCCCUGCUUGGCUACUGCAGGCGAGAAGGUGAACUCCUCUUGGUGUACGACUACAUGUCGAACGGCAGUCUCGCUCAGCACUUGUACUCAGAAGGUGGCCAGCAGCCAGCAUUGGGCAGCUGGGCCCAGAGGUUUCGCAUCGUCAAGGGCGUUGCAGCUGGGCUGCUCUACCUCCACGAGAAGUGGGAGAAGGUCGUCGUCCACCGGGACAUCAAGCCAAGCAAUGUGCUCCUUGACAGCGAAAUGAACGGGAGGAUAGGAGACUUUGGCCUCUCAAGGCUCUAUGACCAUGGCACCGAUCCACAGACCACUCACAUGGUUGGCACCAUGGGCUACCUAGCCCCAGAGCUGGUACGCUCGGGCAAAGCGUCCCCGUCGACGGACGUGUUCGCCUUCGGCGUACUUCUUCUCGAGAUCACUUGUGCCCAGAGGCCUGUGCUGCGGCAGCAGCAGCAGCAGCACACGUUGAUGGACUGGGUUCUGGAGCACUGGCAGAACGGGCUGUUAGCUGAGACUGUGGACCCGAGUCUCAGAAAGGAUUAUAACCUCGAUGAGGCAUGCCUGGCUCUGAAGCUGGGACUUCUAUGCUCGCAUCCAUUUGUCAGUGCAAGACCCACCAUGAGGCAAGUGAUGCAGUACCUCGAAGGCGAUGCAGCAAUACCAGAGCUGACACCGACACAUUUCAGCUUCACUAUGCAGGCGUUGACUCGGCAGGACGAAGGGUUUGAAUCACCUUCUAGCAUGUUGGAUCCACCAUUAUUAACUACAAGCAUGGGCACAUUUUCGAGUCUCUCGGGAGGAAGAUGAUAUUCUUGGUGUAAAAACUCACUGGAUCACAAGGAAAUAUAUAAUGGAAAAAAAUAUGUUCCAUGGAU